CUCACACAUGGAAGUCUUGUUCUGUCUCUCAUCUCUAUCUCUAUCUCUAUCUCUCUCGAGUUCUUUGUCUCCUCCGUCGCCCAGACUUUGGAUUGGGAGGCUGAUGAAUCUUUUAGAUCUUCGAGCGAUAUGAGGAGGAACCAGUCGGCGAGUGAUUUUAGAGCGUCGGGAGGUGGCGGUGCUCCGGCGAAGUCGAAGUCUUCGGAGGAUAUUUUAUUCGAGGUCGCAGCUUGAGGCUUCUCCUGCGAAUAAAGAGAGUUUCUUUGCGAAGAGGAUGGCUGAGAAUGAGUCUAAGCCGGAGGGGCUUGGGAGGUAAGUAUGUGGGGUUUGGAUCAAGCCCUGGUCCUGCUCCCAGGAGUAAUUAUCAGGGUGGUGGUGGAGAUGUUUUCUCUGUCAUGUCUGAGGGAUUUGGAAGAUUGUUUCUUGUUGCCGCAUCAGCUGCGAAUGUUGUUCAGACAGGAACCAUGGAGUUCACUUCCAAGGUCAAAGAAGGUGGUUUAGAUCACACGGUGAGUGAGACUGUUAACGUUGUUGCGAGUAAGACAACAGAGAUAGGACAGAGGACAUGGGGGAUCAUGAAAGGAGUAAUGGCAAUUGCUUCACAAAUGGUUGAAGAGUUCACUAAAGAAGAAGCAUCGACCUGGAACCAACAGAAUACAAACGAGGGCAACGGUUACUACCAGAACAAAGGAGCAACCACGAAUAUGGCGAGCAAGGAUCCGAAUCACGAGCAACCUCCUCCUCUGAGUAUCGAAAUCAAAGCCACUCAGGAUCAAUUCUACGCUCAUUCUCAGACAAAUUCAACUUGUUCAAAUCCUGUUUCUCUGCUACACACGCUGCGAUAGCUGAAUCUGCUUCAACCGUUAUAUCAUUCCCCGCCAUCUCAAGAACUUCAAUGGACGAAGCACAUUCCUUAAGAGCCUUCGCUACGGCUAUGGCAACUUCAUUCUCUAGGUUCAGAUAACUCAAGUAAAGCUCCGUCAAGUGUUUGUAGCUUGAAAGACUCUUGCUCAGAGAAACUCCUGCUUCUGCCCCAAACAUGUUAUCCCUCAGAUGUUUCUGUCUUUCUUCCCUCCCCCAUAUGUUUCAUCCUAAAACCUUAAAACUUUAUCUACAGCAAGAAGCCAAGAACACAAUGCUAGUUUUAUAACAUGCUUCUUUCAAAUUUAUGUUUAAAAUGUUAUGUUUAAUAAUUUUAUCAAUAAAUUUUAAGUUUAAUAAAAUAAUGUUUAAUA